GCUUGCCGUACGUUAGCCGACGGAUGCCAGAGCAACAAGGUGGGUGGUGACAGCUAAAUGAAUAUGUGCAACCACCUUGAUAUCAUUUCAAUGAUGAAUUCAGUGAUUCCAUCUAUUAUUGAUCGUCAAGAGCAAGUGUCGAUGUUUAAGUACAUGAUAGUAGUGGAACAAUGCAGUGUUGCUCAAUAAAUGUGUCAACUCGGUCUCAUUGAAGACACCUGAAUACACCAAUUCCCCGAUACGACAGUCGUAUUGUAGAUCAGGCCCAUUCGCUCGAGAUUGUCGUGUGAAAAAGCUCACCCUUUGGCAAUCGAUACCCAAUGAAUAUCAGUGAGAUCAGCAAUGACAGCGUGGGAGCCGAAAAAUCGACGUCUCAUCGUGUCGCCCUGGCCUGGCAUUGACAAUUUUCAUUCGACAAGAUUUUUUUCACCAGAAUUACCCUCAACCGAUGAUCAUGAAUGAACUCCCGGAAAAUAUGAAUGAACAUCACCAGCACCAGCAUCACCAACGGCCGCUGGAAAUUCUCCACGGGCGUUAAGUAGCUGCAAUGCCGCGUGUGGAGGUGUGAGUGCAUAACCGAGUCCUUGGGAGAUAUCAUGAUUCGCUAUUGACCUUACAGUUGAAAAAUUUCCGCUACAGGUUAUGGAGACAUAUGACACAGGUGAGCAUUUAAAAUGGAGAUGAUUAAAGGUACGGGGACGGUAGACGGUAGCAGGUGAUGGUGAAAAAUCUUAUCAUCAACAAUUCUGACUAAUUUGGGGCUGUUUCCGUUGCUGGAGUAGCAAGUUGUGUGUUGGCAAGAAGUUGGUGAUAAUGUGAGAGGGCCGGGAUUUAUGAUAUCCCUUUGAUUAAUGUUGGAAGUUUACUUGGAUAGAACGAAAAGAUAAUAGGGGCAAACAAGACUGAGGGGGAAGGCUGAAGUGAUAUUUGGAUUUGGGGGGGGGGGUGGAUUGAACUCAGGCCUAAGAGACAUUUGUGAUGGUGCGACAAUUGUGAACAUCGGGAAAUUCCGCCUGAUGGGUUAUUAUUUGGAGAUACUGCGGGCUUUUGCUUAAUGCAUUGGUAUACGGUAAUUAAGGGGUUCUCAGGACUGUUCUUGAAACAUAAAAUGGAUCGAUUCUAUAAGGGGCGGGUCGCGACCGCUAAUGGAACAUUGAUCGAACCAAGGAUUGCAGGAACUUACGUUAAGAAUAACGGAGAACUAUGAUUGAGAAUUGGAUUUUAUCGUGGCACAUGGGGGAUUUCUCGAUAUCGGGAAGUUGUUUCCGCAACUCAUUCAGUGGGUUACACCCACUCCAGUUCGCCCAUACCAACGCACGUAAAUUUGGGAGUGAGUGGAGCAGGCGGCCAACAGGACUACUAUUCUCCUAUCACGUUUGAGAUACAGGACUCGCUGUAUUGAACAACUAACGCGCUGCGCUGUCUCCAGUGUCCAGGAAGGAAUUGAAAUAUCCGGUGAAAUUGUACAGUCGGACCUCCCGGUAUCCACCGCACGUCUCCAAAAUCCUCGUCUCUUCAGAGCCUCAAGUGAAAUUACAAAAUCAGGGUACACGAGACGAAUUAAUGUUUGACUCUUAGCGACUCCAAAAAGCCGACGAGAGCGUUGCGAGGUAAAUUCUGGCGCAAUGAGGACAAAGCCAAAGCUCAAACAAUCCUAGACGCCGUAGUAACAGUGAAUUAAUAUCUCGUAGAUAUGGAAAAGGAGAUAAUCAGCCGAUAUCCGGCUUUCGCUAAUGAAAACAUAACGCGAACGUACGAAUUACCGUACCUAGACGAACCACCUGGUGGUGGAAUCGUCGGUGGAAGGAUAAGAGUUCUCUCGAGCACCGCCAUCAACAACGUCACUUAUCUAUCCGAUAACGAAUUACUGAGUAAUUCCAGCGUUGAAUUUGAAUGGUCCAACGAUACCAUAACAAAUUCAACAUUUGCAACAACAAUAGCACGAUUUGAAUCGAUAGGUAACACAACAGACGUCGACAACUACACUCUCAUAUCCAAUCUAUUUGUCUUCGAUGACAUCAACGAGUACAUCAAAAGAUUCAAUUACAGUGUCUUUGUCAAUCUCACAACUUACUACGACUCAGGAAUAGGUCUGAAUUCGACAAAAGUUAAUGACACAUGUGGCACUAGCAAUGAAACAAGUGAUGUUAAUUCGGAGUGCAAUGCGAGCCAAGAGAAAUCAUCGGUCAAUAACUGGUGGGCCUUGAUUCUUGUUAUUGUACCGUGUUUAACGCUGUUUGGAAAUGUACUUGUUAUACUUGCUGUUGUGAGAGAAAGGGCCCUACAGACUGUCACUAAUUAUUUCAUCGUCAGUUUGGCACUUGCUGAUUUACUCGUUGCUGUGCUUGUCAUGCCAUUUGCUGUUUAUGUCCUGGUGAAUGGCACGUGGGCAUUACCGAGCUUUGUCUGUGACUUCUAUAUUGCCAUGGAUGUUACGUGCAGCACGAGUUCAAUCUUCAAUUUAGUCGCUAUAUCAAUUGACAGAUAUAUCGCAGUUACCCAACCAAUAAAAUAUGCUAAACAUAAGAACAAUAGAAGAGUAUGGUUAACAAUUCUCGUCGUCUGGGCGAUUUCCGCUGCAAUCGGCAGUCCAAUUGUUCUCGGCCUAAACAAUACACCAAACCGGCUUCCAGAUUUGUGUUUAUUCUACAACUCUGACUUCAUCAUCUACUCAAGCCUGUCGAGUUUCUACAUUCCCUGCAUCAUCAUGGUCUUUCUGUAUUGGAACAUAUUCAAGGCUCUGCGGAAUCGGGCUGCCCGUGCGAGAGCCAAUAAAAAAUCCAACUUGAAGGAUGUAAAACCGGGGAGUAUCAUGGAAAAUAUCGUCCACACUCAGAGUGCUUAUUCUGUUGUAAGAUUCGCCGAGACAGCUCUAGGUACAGCGACGCUCGUCGGUGCAGUUCAUGAAGAACCAACGAAUACAGCUUCAGGUAGCAACGAGGAUGAGGACGAGACUCCCCUAGAUCCCACCGCUUUCAGCGAGAAGGGCACGGAAUGCUUUAUGGCGACUGUUGUCGAAGAAGCGACAGUGGUGGCUCAGGCAUUAGGAAAGAACACAGUUUACGAUAACGAAACCGUUUCCGUACUUCCCCACGAUUCUAUAGACUUAAAUUCAAGUCCAAGUCCGAAUCCAAGAGUCACCUCAGCUCCGUCAUCAUCGACAUCAUCAUCUCCGCCCCCUAAAUGUGCCCACCAAGCAAAGAAUAAUGGCAAUGGUCUUAACAAGCAGGAACUAAAGAGACUGAAAACGGUCAGCUCGUUUUUGCCAUUGCAGUUGAAGAAAAGCCCGAGUAUUCUCGCUGCGAGCAAUUUGUGCAAAAAGGAAACUAAAAUCGAAGGCAGUUGCUCGCGAUUCACCAUUUACAAAACCAACAAAGCGAGCAAGAAAAAGAGGGAAAAAAGUUCGGCAAAAAGGGAGCGCAAAGCUACUAAGACUCUAGCCAUUGUACUCGGUGUCUUUCUCAUAUGCUGGGUGCCAUUUUUUACCUGCAAUAUCAUGGAUGCCAUUUGCACAAAAUUACAAAUGGAUUGUUCACCAGGUGUAGCUGCCUUCAUAGUGACAUCUUGGUUAGGAUAUAUGAACAGUUUCGUCAAUCCUGUCAUUUACACAGUGUUCAAUCCUGAAUUUCGGAAAGCAUUUCGUAAGUUGAUUAGGAUCUAAGUUAUUACCCCUAUUACACGUAUAACAGACUAUCGAUUAAAACGAUGUAUCAAUCAAGUCAAAUUGCGACGACAAGAAUACGUAUUACUGAUAAAGCAUAUACUUGAUUGAAUCAAUUAGCAUCAAAUACGUGUACAAGCAUGAUACGAAUGGCGUAUUGCCUCCAGCGUACCAUCAAUUGUUGAUGCAUUCACAGUUGAUUGGAAGGACUCUCAUUCUCAUGUAGCCAGUUUAACAAAUCUAAUGCCGUCAAGAUCAUACUGACACUUUAUCUGCGAGGAAGAUAGCUUGUUAUAUCAAAAUUAUAUCACUCAUCUCAGAACUCUGUACAAUUCCCUCUCCUCUGCAGCAUUAAUUUAUCCAUCCAUGAAUGCACUACUUACGCCAUCAAUCACAAUUCACCAUUCCUAGAUCAAUAAUGACAUAAUUUUGAUAUUCUGCUAUACGCAUAUUUGUAGAUAGAAAGAAAAUUGUAAAUAUACUAUAUUUAGUACUCAUGCCGUAGCAGUAUUACCUUAUGCAAUACUUAGAUAUAUCUCCUCGAGUAUAAGACAUACCGUGUGAUGAACGGACAUAUAUAUUCAAUUUAAAUUGAUUCUCAACGCGACGAGAUAGAUGUUGUUACUGGUCAAGUCAUCUAUUGCAGGCCUUGGAUAUAGAAUAUGUGUUUUCUAACAUGAAAAUGAUGGAAUGUAUUCUACAUGUUCAUUGUCAUAAAGAAACGCGGACUGCGAGAAAAAAAUUGUCUGCCGAGGAAUAAAUGGUUAUGCGAAAUGAUGAAAAUAAAAAUUAAGUGACACGUCCGGAAAGUAGGACCAAAGGUAAAAGCGAUGAUGAGCGCUGCGCACAUUCGCGCUCGCUGCACUCCACUGAAAAAUUGAUUAAGUCAAAUUGUCGGUGGAGGACAACGUGGUUAAUCUCGUCGGAACAUAUCAUUGAAAAACUCGUAAAUGAACGACGUAAUUCAUCAUACUUUCGGAGAUAUCGUAGAUGUAAUAAAAAGGGCGGCGCUUAGAUCAUAGCGCAGUCACUGGAGGGUUAAGGUUCUAACGAUAUUGCUGCGUAUUUCUUCUUCUGGACUACUUUAACGUAUGACAGUCUCUUUCACAGCUCGUUAUUCUUUCAUGUUCCUUCUUUAUAUACCGAAGUGUCACUCAUUUUUAUAUCUAUUUUUUUUUCACUUCAUUUCGACGUAAAAGCGUGAUGAAUACUCUUUUUUAAUUCAAGCACUGGGGUGAAAUUAUCCUCCGGAAAAUUUUGCGACGAAAAGGUUCGAUUGGAAAAGGUUUCUUUGAUGUCGAAGGAAAAUUCUUCCCAAGAGUCUGAAAAUUACAAUUUUCUCCCAAGCCUCCAACAACAUCGUCGUGUCUCCUUUUAUUUCCCUUCCAACUCGCGGAUAUGUCACUUUUUCAUAUUCAUUUUGCGAUUUAUUCAACAUUAAAAUCUUAAUGGCACUCAUUCUUAAUCAAACGGCUGCCACGCAACAUUAAACCCUUUACUGGAAAGUUGUCGCGCCUGUUAAAGAUAAUUGUAGUGCAAUUUCAGUUAAUAACGGAAAUGAUACUUCAAUUAUCUGUAGCCUUCAACCCAACUGCUCUCUAAAACCCCAGAUGGAAAUAAGCGAAAGAGAAAAUUUCAAAACUAUUCCUUUGAACUCGAUGGAAAAUUAUUCUUCCUAAUGACGUCCGAAACAUACAAUUGUCUUCUACGGCUCCAACAAUAUUGUUACCAAUUUGUUCUAUUCAUCCCUCUCAGCUACCUUCAUCCACGACUCUCUCAUUCUCUCCCGUUUCUCUUUCACCGUCGUUUUUAUUCCGCGGACGUGUCACUCGUUUUCACAUUCGCUUCCAUUAUUUAUAUCGCCCUAAAAAUCUAUUGAUGAACUAUGAAGACUAACUGUUCGUCAAAUGGCUUUUAUUUAACACCAUUUUUUCCGCGAGACUCUGACUUAUUCGGCAGAUUAAAUUUUUCUUCCAAUGCAUGACCGUUGAUUAUGAGCGUUAAAAAGUCUAUAACGGUUAAUCAAAACAUUUGGAUCAUGUAGAAAUUCCUUUGUUGUAUGCUUGUAAUUAAUGAAAAAUGCACCUACAGGGUAUGUGUGAAUGCUGCUGAUAAGUUAUAAGAGAAUAUGAUUAAGAAAAAAAAAAGUGUCAUCAAGUGUAGUGAAAGUUAUCGGGAGUACAAGUGACCGUUUUGGCCUAACGGUUAUCAGCAUGAAAACGAUGGAAUUGCAAUUCGUAAACGUGUGGCCCUUGUUGAGGCUCCCUCGUGGGUCACAAUCAAUUCGAUACAAUCGGUAAUAAAUACAGAUACGUCUACGAUAACCGAAAUAAAUUCCAAUCUAUGUGUGUAUCAAAAUGGAAUAACUUACAGUGAUCACAUUAUUCUCGGAAAUUGAGAUGAAUUGUUGAUCCCUCACCGCGUCUCCUCCCUAAUUGCUGUACUCGGAUGAGGGAGGGAUGAAGCGAGUGGGACCCUCUGGGGGUAGUAACAUCAAUUUCUUGAUUAAUCAUUGUAUCCAGCGUUGCCCAAAAAAAAAUUGAUUGCACUAGAUGAAGAGUAUUUUGACGCUCGGUAGUCUCCUGCAUAGCACUAAAUUUUGGUAUGUCGUUUCUCUCGCAUUCUCUUAAGGAUGUUUGGGCAUUAUAAUGAGAAUCAGUGAAACACUUCCAGCAUGACUGUUGUCUGUAUGUAUCGAUAUAAAAUGAAAUGAUAAACAGUUGGAAUUACAGGCUGUGUAGGAAACUUGGUUAUUCCAAACUUAAAUAAUAACAUUGUACCUAGUUUUGUAAGAAAUGUUGAAAAAUUGCGAUAUUUUGGUUGAUGAUGGUUGGAGAUAUAUGAAAAUUUAUCAGUUGGUUAGACGUUAUUGUUCGAUGAUCUGUAUUCAUGGCUUCAUUAAAAAAAAUUAUUUCCCUGGGAUCGCAAGAAAUCCAGAAAAAAUAAUCCCACAGAUAUUGGUAACCUGAGACACCGGGGUAUUGAAGUUUUGAUUGGACUAUGAAUCCGAACGAUGGCUAGAUGGUAAAUGUAUGUACACAGCCCUUUUCAUUGGUAGAUGGGGGAGAAAUACUGCCCAAACAGCCUUACACUUUAGCAGCUUCGACUUUCCGGUCCGACAAUCUAUUAGAAUGUACAAUCAGAUAUGAAAGUUAUAACCACACCGUGAUUUGGAUGGGCUGUCUCUCACUGACCAUUGAAUAUUUACUCAGAUAUAGCAGUUGUAAUUAUGGCAUCUGAAAAGUGUACGUUCAACCCUCCUGAAUUGGCCCGGAGCGGCGCGGGUUCUUUUCCAAUUUGGCUUAUUAUGUACGAUACUGAUCAUUAACCAAAUGGAAACAACUACCACUGCUCAACUGAAUACUCUAGAAGGGAUUCAAGAAGUCAUCAUUCACAAAAUAUGCUAAAAGGCUCCGUCAGGUGAUAUUGCAGCGCGCCCCGCACCCGGAGAGAAGUUUUCUGGAAAAAUUCGAGUCCAACUCCUGGAGAAAUUGACCCAGAAUUCGAGGAAAAAUUCACGCUUAACCCAAUACAAUUUCCAGACCCAGCACUGGAAGUUUUUCCUGGCCAUCACUUUGCCCCUAUUCCUGUACUAUCGCGAGAAUUAAUCUCAGAAAUUUCUCUCUGCGUGCGGCAGAGCGCCGCCGCGCCGUACCACAGCGUGAAUUUUCUACUGCGCGCCGACCGCAUUUAGUUCCUUCCAAAUUUGACUCCUUAGAUUCACAAGAUAAUAUUAUCCUUCUAAGCCCAUGAAUGGUUCUCUCAGGGUUAACCAAGCGACAGACGAACAGUGUGCGUUGACCCCCAGUUCAGAAGAGUAAACGUACAAGACACACGAAACAAACCUCAUUUUCGAACGAGAGAAAAAUUAAUCAUUAAUGAUUGUGCUAGCGUGAUGCCACAAUGAACCUCCUGCGAAGCACACGCAAUGCGUGAUCAUUCAUAUUUUUUUCCACAACUCUUGAUACCGUAAUGAUUGUGUUUUUCUUGGUAAGGGUUUACCCCGGUAAAAUGAAAUGUCAAAAAAUUAUCGACUCACCGUCACUAUCAUCAAAGCUUUGAAAUGACUCAAGCAGAAACUGGUUCCUGAGUUGUGGUACUUCUCUUGUUAUUAUUUUACGUCACCCUCCGUUAGUGUCAAUGGAAAAUCCGACGCUCAUAGCCAAAGAGUGUUUCUGAAUUUAACAAAGUAAGUUGAUAAGCUGUUCAGCAACCCUAUCCUUCGCUGAGGAAACUGCAUACUGAUGAUAUUAGUAUAUCCCCUAUGAUAUAACAUAAAAACAACAUAUUUUUCUAACCUGAUACGUUCUCUCAUUCUGUACAUACAUCUAGAACCAUGUGAAAACUUUUGUUUCGACUAGGAUUCAACCCAUUGUAACGAUAAAUACCAAUGAAUAAAGAUCCUUAAUAAUA